AUGGCCGAAGACGUCGAUCGGCUGACUCAGCUCGUGCCGAGCCACCCGACAGCUGAUACCACCGAGGUCAGCGGAGACGCCGGCCGGCCCGACUCGGGCUGGGCCCUGCUCUUUGCCGCCUGGCUGCUCGCCGCCGUCGCCAUGGCCGGCAGUCUCUUUUUCAGCUACGUCAUGGGCUUCGCGCCGUGCGUGCUGUGCUGGUACCAGCGGAUAUUCCUCUUCCCGCUGGUGGUGAUCCUGGCAGUCGGCCUCUUUCCCUACGAUCGCGGCGUGGCCAGGUACGGUCUGUCGUUGGCGGUUGCCGGCUGGCUGGUCGCCGUCUACCACAACUUGGUCUACUUCGGCAUCGUGCCGGAGAGUCUGUCGCCCUGUACCCAGGGCGUGUCGUGCAAGGAGGAGUACGUGAAGCUACUGGGAUUCCUGUCGAUCCCGCUGCUGUCCCUCCUCGCCUUCACCUCGAUCCUCGGCUUUCUGCUGCUGUUACAAAGGAGAUCCCCAGGAUGA